AUGGCGCAACCGGCGGCAGUGGAUUUCGCCCUUCCUCCGCCCGCGGACCCCCUUGCCGCCGCCCCGCGCGCGACUCACCGCGGGCGGGCGUCCGCCCGGCGGCGCGCGCAGCGGAAGCUGGCGUCGUGCCUGGACCGCCUGGGCGCGUGGAGCCCGUUCGGGCAGGCGGAGGGCGCGCAGGAGGAGGCUGUAGGGGCGACCCGCGGAACUGCCGCGGCGGCGGCGGAGAGGGCCAUGGAUGAUCGCGAGGAGGCCGGACGUGGGGAAGGGGAGGAUUGGACAGAGGAAACAGAGGACGGGGGCGCGGCGGGGCGAGGAGCAAGCAGCUGUGAAGAGGUGCGCGCGGCGCAACCGCUACAGGUGCACGGGAAGGCGUGGCGCUGCGCCGCCACCUUUAGCGCCCCGGCCCACGCCCACGCCCCCGCCGCAGCAGCCACAGCAGUGCCCUCCCCCUUCGCCAAAGCUGGCAGGCUCGGGGCGGCGGAGCUUGCCAAACUGGAGCAUGAGGCUCGGUUGGGCUUCCGAGGCAGAGGCGUGCGCGUGUCAGGGUGGUCCGGGGGCAGCUCGGACGAGAGCUGGCACGCGCUGGAGCAGCAGGCAGCCCGACGAGCAGUGCGGCCGGGCAGUGGGGGAGGGAGGCAUGGGCAUGCGCAUGGGCACGGGCAUGGCCUUUUGAGUGCGCAUGGGCAUGGGUAUGCGCAAGGGAGUGGGGGUGGGGGAGCACGUGGUGGUGCUGGCGAGGGCUGCUGGGCGCACAGCCCUGGCAGCAGGCGUGUGGGAUUCGGCACGCUGGCAUGCGAGAGUCGUGAGGCAGGUGAGGUAGGUGAAGUAGGCACGGGUGGGACAGCACCGACGAGUGGUGAGGCAUGGGUCCGAGGCAGUGGGGGCAACGGUGGCCAAGGAAACGCAGGCAGCAUGGGGCCACCCAAAGCAAGGCGUGGGGCGGUGGGAAGGCGGAGGGGGCUGUCAGUGCGAGCAGAGGCGCGGAAGCGAAGCGAGGAGGUGGAGGGCCGUGGGGGGGAGAUGGAGCGGGGGGGAGGGGAGAGGGCCGCGUUGCAUGUGGAGGGCGAGGGGCGAGGAGAGGGGUGGAGGGAGGGAGGGGGCGGGCGGGCGGGCAGGGAUGAGGCAGUGGAGGCAGGGGAAGGUAGUGGGGCGGGGGCAGGGGGAGAUGCUGUGCUUGCUGCUCGUGGUGCUCCUGCUGCUGACGUGGACGGUCCAGCUGGUGAGGGAAACAACUUGGAAGCUUCUAGAUGGAGGAGGCGGGGGGUGAGGAGGCACAGAGUGGGGGUGGCAGGGGAGGGAGCAGGCGGGGUUCUGGAAGGAGGAGGGAGAGAGAGGGGUGGGGGGAGUGGAGAGGGUGGGUUGGGUGGGGGAGUUGCGGCGGUGGGUAGUGGCAGCAGCGGCAAGGGGCACGGCACAGCAGAGGGGGAGGACAGAGGCCGGGAGAGUGGCGGGGCAGGCGGCAUGGUGGUUGGAGUGACAGGGACGAGGCAGGUGUGUGGACGCAAGAGGGCGGGACGGGAGGUGUUUCGGGGAGAUGGGGGGAGCGACAGCAGUGAUUAUCAUGCUGAGGUGGAGGAAGGGGGAGAGGGGGAUGAGGAGGAGGAGGAGCAGGAGGAGGAAGGUGAGGAGGAGGAGGAGAGAGGCACGGCUGGUGCGGGUGGGUGGGAGGCAGGCAGAGGGGGAGAGUGGGGCGUGUGGGGAGGCGAGGUGAUGGCGGAGGAGACAGGUUGGGCGGCGGAGUGGGUGGGGUGCAGAAUGGCUGUGAGGGGGGGCGGGGAGGCGAGUGAGAGCUCGGAGGAGGAUGGUGGCAGCGCAAGCAGGGGUGUUGGGCAGAUGGCAGUGGGGGCAGGGCGGGGUACAUGGCGAUGGAAGGAGGGCAGGCAGCUUCGGAAGAGGCGGCGCUUCAGCGUGCAUGCAUCGCCAUUGUGCAGCUUCGGAGUGGGAGUGGCGGUGACAGGGGGCCACACCAGCGACCCUGCAGCAGCCCCAUGCGACACCUCCUGUGCCUCCGACCCCCUCGCUCCCUCCCUCUCCCUCUCCGCCUCCGCCAGUGCUGCCAUUCUCUCUGACCCCACUAUCCUGCUGUCUGACCGUGCUGCUGUGCCGCCCUCCCCCUCCCUCUCUGACCGCGACCGUCUCUCCGACGCCCAUCCUCACUCCGAGCUGGGCAGGAGCUCUGAUGCUGGCAGGCACUCCCCCGUACCGCACUUAACCUCACCUACUGCCCUUCCCGCUGCUGCUCCUGCUGGUGAUGGUGCAUUCAAGGGCGGCAGCAGUGGGAGCAGCGGGCGGCAGGUGGGCAGCGGGAAGCACGUGAGCCGGGCGAGUGGCGAGCUGUACUAUGGCCACUCGCGCCCUGCCGGUUCGUCCCGCCCCACGCGGCAGCAGCAUGGGCCACGCGGGGCUGUCAGGCCAGCACGGCAGCAGCGGGUGGAGGCGGGGCGUAGCAGCAGCAGCAGCCGGCGCUGCAGUGCUGCUGCCAGGGGAGCCCAGGGUGGUGCGGGCAGGUGUGGUGGGCGCGUGGGGAAAGGUGCGAGUGGAGGGGGAGGGUUGGGUGUGGAUGGGUGGAGGCAGAGGGGGGGUGUGGAGGAGGGGUGGGAGGAGGGCUGGCAGGUGGCGGUGGUGCCGGGAGGAGGGGGGUAUGUGAGCAGCAGCAGCACGGGGAUUGACCUGCCUCAAGGGGCACGAGAGAGGUGCACACUGCAAUCUUGCUCGCAUGCCCUCAUCAUGCCUCCCUCCCACGUCCUCUAG